CCGGAAGCAGAAGUGAGGAAGGACAUGACGUCGCUGUUUACUGCGCUCAGUUGUUUUCCAGGGCGCUGACUGAAAGUGAGCCAAAGAGGCGCCCGCGACUAAAUCUGAAUUUUCACGCAAUUCGCCGCGAGGUUGUUGCAUUACGAUGGGGGCGCACGGGAACGAGCACGAGUCAAUCGACUACUCCGUGCACGAGGCCUGGAACGAGGCCACCAACGUCUACCUGCUGGUGAUCCUGGUCAGCUUCGGCCUGCUGAUGUACGCCAGAAAAAACAAGAGGAAGAUCAUGCGUAUCUUCACCCUGCCCCCCACAGCUGGCACCAGCCCAGAGCCCAACUUCUACGACAGCCUGCAGAAGGUCCGCCUGAGGCAGCAGCUGGAGAUGUACUCUCUGGCCCGGAAGUUUGACCAGCAGCAGGGACAGACGGACAGUGUGCAGCUGUCCAUGGAAUGAGGCCGCAGGGGACCUCGUCCUUCUCCGUCACACCAAACACUCCUGCGUCUUUGGAGUCCUCCGUGGGUGGAAAUGGAAGGACUUAAAGGACGCUACGCUGAGAAAGGUCUCCAUUCCUCCUCCUGUUGUUUGGAGUUUAUCCGGCUGGAGACGCAGCACCAAGAGGUUGUGACAACUGAUGAACUUAGUCGCGAUUUAAAAAAAUAUAUAUAUCAUGAAAUGUUUUGCACAUAGACCUAGAUCCUCCAGAUUAAAUUUAGUUUCUAGUUUGUUUUUUACUUGAUAAAUAUUUGUCAUUUGUGUAAUGAAAUCACGAUUCUAAGAUGUGAAAAUAAAGAUACUUGAACAAUGAA